AUGUCCAUCGUCUCAUUGGCAAGCAAUGACUCACUGUCUAUUCUCAACGGAGAAGAACUACAACGCCUCGCCGCUGAGCUCGGCUUCACCAUCGCUGACCCUCAUGAUGCGCAGUCUUAUCUUCUCUUGCUCAAGUCUUUCGAGGCCGUCAUGUUUCAAGUAGAUGCCGGCGACGAUUAUGUUCAUCCUGCUCUGUCCCCGGUGCCUACCACGAAACCUCGAUCGUUCUGGAAGCCGGAUGCGAAAGACAAUCCCCUAAACGCCUGGAGCCACCGUUGCGAUAUCGCAGCCGCUCAACCGACCAGUAAUCUUCUCAGGGGGGCCGGAACGUCGCCGUCAAAGACAAUGGACGGUUCUCUUUCUCUCUCGCCUAUCGACGCAACUGUCGUGUCCCGUUUGCUGCGCGCGGGUGCCCUGAUCAAGGGCCCCUCGACAUGCGAAAACUUCUGCGCUUCCCCCUUGGCGUGUACGUCGGUCACCGGACCGGUGCAUCACCCGCUGCUACACGGGUACACUACCGGCGGCAGCAGCAGCAGCUCAUGCGCCCUCGUCUCCUCAGACGCUCUGCACCGGUCAGGAAAUGACGUCUUCGGGGAGACGGCAGAGCUGGCGAUUGGUGGCGACCAGGCGGGCUCUAUUCGCAUCCUGGCAUGCUACACGGGCAUUUACGGGCUGAAGCCAACGUUUGGGUUGGUUCCGUACACAGGUGCUGCUUCCAUGACGCCAAUGAUCGACCAUCUAGGUCCAAUUGCGUCAAGUAUAGAAGAUAUAGCGAUGCUACUAAAACUCAUGGCUGGGUGGGAUGGCAUCGAUCCCCGUAUGACACCCGAGACGCCUCUCGUAGCCAAUGCCAAGGACUAUCCCGCCCUGGUCAACGAGUACCGCCAGACGACUUCCGAGCCUGGACAAUCUGUCUUGAGGAUAGGAUUACUGACCGAGUCCUUCGGCGUGGCAGGUCUGUCGCAGCAAGUGUGCGAGCUAGUGCGUAAGGCAGCGAGAGAAGGCUUUGAAGCCGCCGGAGCUACGGUUGUCGACAUUUCGGUCCCCAUGCAUUCCGAAGGACCCAUCAUCUGGACGGCUGCCACCCGUCCAUCCAUGGCUUUGGGUCUCCUACAUGGGAAACCAUCAGGACAUCUAUCGUACCUAUCGCCUCACAUUCAGACACAAUGGCGUCCGAACCAGGACACUUACCAGCUUCUGACCCAGUCCAACCCCGCCGUUGUCAACAUUCUCCUGAGCCAGGUCUUUGAUAAAUCCCACUUGGCCGCCUCCAUUGAAGCCAAAGCCCACAGAAAAGUCUUUCAGCUGCGCACCGCCUACGACGCGGCCCUCGCACAAGUCGACGUGUUGGUCACGCCGUGCGCGCCGACUGUCUCUAUGCCCCAUCCCGACCCAGGUCAUUGGUAG